GCCAUGGCUUGUGUGGUGCGCCCCUGCACUCCCAGAGAUCUCCCGGAUAUUAUGCGCUUAAUUAAGGAGAUUGCGGUCAUUUACAAGGUUCCCCUGAACGAGCUCAGAACCAACGUGGAAGAGCUGAAGGAGGCUGGAUUUGGGAAGCAGCCAAGAUUUGAGUGUUUCGUGGCUGAGGUGCCCCCACAGCAAAAGAGCAAGGAAGGCCACACUCUCAUCGGGUACGUCCUGUCCGUCUACACCUACAGCACCUGGAAAGGAAGGAACCUUUACAUGGACAACCUGUACGUCAUGCCUGAAUUCAGAGGGAGGCAAAUUGGGAAGGUGCUCCACCACACAGCAAUAGCGGCCGCUUGGCAGAAAGGGUGCUCCCAGAUCCGAAUGCACAGCUCCUCUGAGAAGCCGGAGAACAUAAGAUUCCUUGAGCGUAACGGAGGUGAAGACCGCACGGUCAAAGAUGGCUGGAACCUCUUCCGGUUCCAGGAGACGCAGCUACGCAGGAUGGCCGCCCAGAGCAAAUUCUAG